AUGACCGACAAUCAGAACCCCGGAAACUUUGCCAACCGUCCCACCGAGGAGGUUAAGGAAAUCGCCUCUAAGGGGGGCCAGUCCAGCCACAAGGGCGGAUUUGCCAGCAUGGACCCCGAUAAGCAGCGUGAGAUUGCUUCCAUGGGCGGGCAGGCAUCCUCCGGGUCGUUUGAACCUGGUAGCGAGAAGGCCAAGGAGGCUGGACGCAAGGGCGGACUCUCUUCUUAG